UGUAGUGUGAGAGAGCCAUUGAUGAGCCCAUCCUUCGUAUGUAUGCCUAUAUGUCGAAUGUAUAUAACUGCAUUUAAACCAACGUAUUUAAGACGGUGGAUACGUCGUUCCGUUUGUUAGUGUUAUUGUGCAUUCAACAUACUAGUUUACACAAUGAGAGGAUAGUCCGACAUCAAAAUCCUAUACAGCACAUACUAAAGUUUUCGCAGAGGUUGCCGACGAUUUGAGCUUUCGGACGAGACUUAUCGGAUCUCAUGUUUUGACAAACAUUCUUGCGGCAAAAGACAAUAUAAAAUUGCCCAACGGACAUUACUCGACAAGAACAGCUGUUCAACAUUUGACUGAUUGUCUAAGUCAUCCUGAUCACAAAAUAACCGAAGAUAAUGCCGAUAAGUGUCAGUGAUGUCCUCGAUCAACCGACCAAUCCCAGGCCCUUACCAUCGGCGAAGAGAGGUUUUUUCUUUACGAGUAAACCGAAGCCUGAUCAAAAAACGAUGAUCCUUAUUCCCCACGCCUAUCAGACGGACACAGAGGCUGGGGAUUACUUUGGCGCAACUCUAUACACAUACAAGUGGCCUUCAGGAAAGAAAUACAAGUACCAGCAUCUACUAUUCAAGAUUGGAUAUCCGGCACAGAAGAUGCGCAUUUGUGAAGGAGACCAGCUGGUUUUGAUAGGCAAAACAUGUACAACGGACCUUAAUCAUACAGAGGUUCUUAAUAGUUUCCAUCACGACGUUAAAGUAGACGGAAAAACGCGUUUCUGUCUGGUUUUAAGAAAAAGUGAAAAGAAAAAGUCGUCGUGCUAUUGGUAUGAGACAAGUGCUAUUCUUUCUCCGGACCCUAAACAACAUCUUCACAAUGACGUUUCGAUAGAUAAGGACCGGAAAAUUACUCGUACACAAAAAAUCCGGUUUUCUAUUUACGGCAGCUCGCUUUACAUGUUUAUUGACCAAUCCGGCAUUCAUGGCGUACAUAUUGAGGGGGAUGAAAAGCCCAUAUACGUCAACAAGACAGUCGAAAUAUCGUUAAAUCCAUACGCUCAAAAAGCGGCCUUAUUUGGAAUGGACGGGACAUCUUACGUGAGCUUAUUUGUGGGCAAAGAUGGUCAAAAAGACAUUCGUAUAUCGGAUAGAGAAAUGUGCACGUGGUUUGAGUAUGAAGUGACUGGCGAUGACAACAAAUUCCAUGUCAAUGACUACUUUCUGUCAUAUGACAAAAUAGAAAAGAAGUUUGUGAUGUCCAAAAUCAAGGAAGAGCGAAUCUGUGUUACAUUCCAAGAUGACGGGCGAGUUAACGGAAGUGAAGAUGUCGGGCGAGUAGUAGGAAUUGAUUAUCCAGAUUGCGCAUGCGCUUCUGAACUUGCAAAAAUGGAUGCUAAAGAAACAGAUGACAAUGACAGCGGAUACGCCAGUAAUGGUAGUCAAGAAAAGGAUUCAUGGACGCCCGAUGAUCCUAUUUGUUUGUCUACGGACAAUUUAGACAUGGACUAAUCUAUGAUGGGAGCUAGUGUUCGUAUGGAUUAAAUGUCGAAUGAAGCUUGACACUUGUAACAAACAGCAAAACAAGGGAUAAAGUUUAUAUUCCAGUGUAUUUAAUGUUCGAAUAGUGAUGGGCAUUAUAAAAAUGCCUGCCUUAAUUAAAAAUUAUUGACAACGUGCAAGAGACUAUUAUUUGCACAUUAUAUUGAUAUUUGCCUAAGUAUGGUAGGAGGUGACCAAUAUUACAUUAACGUGUUAUUUUAUAUACUUAAACACAGAAAGAGCAUUACAGUGCAAGUAUUAA